CUCUCAGGACUGUUAUUCAGCGCUCUGCAGAGCCCUCUCUCUCCUGUGCACAAUGGCAACUCUUAAGGAAAAACUCAUUGCAGCAGUUGCAGAAGAGAAGGCAACGGUCCCAAACAAUAAGAUCACUGUAGUGGGUGUUGGACAAGUUGGCUUGGCGUGUGCUAUCAGCAUUCUGGGAAAGUCUCUGGCUGAUGAACUUGCUCUUGUGGAUGUUUUGGAAGAUAAGCUCAAAGGAGAAAUGAUGGAUCUGCAGCAUGGGAACUUAUUUCUUCAGACGCCUAAAAUUGUAGCAGAUAAAGAUUACUUUGUGACCGCCAGUUCUAAGAUUAUGGUGGUAACUGCAGGAGUCUGUCAGCAAGAGGGGGAGAGUUGUCUCAAUCUGGUGCAGAGAAAAGUUAACAUCUUCAAAUUCAUUAUUCCUCAGAUCAUCAGGUACAGUCCUGAUUGCAUCAUAAUUGUACUGUCCAACCCAGUGGACAUCCUUACACAUGUUACCUGGAAACUAAGUGGAUUACCCAAGCACUGAGAGAUUGGAAGUGGGUGUAAUCUGGAUUCUGCUAGAUUUCACUGUUUUAUGGCUGAAAAAUUUGGCAAUCACCCCAGCAGCUGUCAUGGAUGGAUUCUGGGAGAACAUGGCGAUUUCAGUGUGGCUGUGUGGAGUGGAGUGAAUGUGGCAGGUGUUUCUCUCCAGGAACUGAAUCCAGAAAUGGGAACAGAUAAUGAUAGUGAGAACUGGAAGGAAGUACGUAAAAUGGUGGUUGAUAGUGCCUAUGAAGUCAUUAAGCUAAAAGGAUACAUGAACUGGGCCAUUGGAUUAAGUGUGGCUGAUCUCAUUGAAUCCAUGUUGAAAAAUCUAUCCAGGAUUCAUCCAGUGUCAACAAUGGUGAAAGGGAUGUAUGGCAUUGAGAAUGAAGUCUUCCAGAGCCUUCUGUGUACACUCAGUGCUCAGAGAUUAACCAGUGUUAUCAACCAGAAGCUGAAGGAUGAUGAGGUUGCUCAGCUCAAGAGAAGUGCUGAUACCCUGUGGGACAUUCAGGAGGACCUGAAAGACCUGUGA